AUGGACCCUUCCGACCAGCUCAACGGGACCAAAGCCGAGGACUUUCAGAUCGACGUGGGUUUGUCAAACAGCUGCUCGCAUGGAAUCCACCCCAGCAGUCAAAACCCGCUGGAGAUGGAGGACAGCACGAAGCUCGUGGCGGUCCAAGUGGUCCUCAUCCUGGCGUACAGCACCAUCAUCUUGUUCGGGGUCACCGGGAACUGCUUGGUGAUUUACGUGGUGCACACGUUCAAGAAGCUUCAGACGGUGACCAACUUUUUCAUCGUGAACUUGGCCGUGUCGGACCUGCUGGUGAACACGCUGUGCCUGCCGUUCACGCUGGUCUACACUCUCUACGACGAGUGGAUGUUCGGGCAGGUGUUGUGCUACCUGCUGCCGUGCGCCCAGGGAAUGGCCGUGCACGUGUCCACCCUGACCUUGAUCAUCAUCGCCUUGGACCGCUACCGCAGCAUUGUCCACCACACCCAGAAGAAGAUGUCAACGAUGGCGUGCAAGGUCAUCAUCCUCAUCACGUGGGGUUUCAGCGCCCUGUUAGCGAGUCCGCUCGCCAUCUUCCGCGAGUACGGGACGUUCGAUUUGUCACCCAACAGGUCGGUCCAGGUGUGCACAGAGGAGUGGGCUGAAGGUAGCAUGAGUGGCAGCGUCUACAGCAUAUCCAUGCUCAUAUUUCAGUACUGCUUACCUCUGGCGAUUAACUCGGUCGCUUACAUCCGUGUCUGGGGGAAGCUGAAGAGUCAGGAGACCUGCGGCAGGCAGCAGGGCCAACGCCAGCGCCGCAAGAAGACCACCAAAAUGCUGCUGAUGGUGGUGGCGGUCUUUGCCGUCAGCUGGCUUCCCUUGCACGCCUUCCAGCUGGCCGCCGACAUCGACAGCAGCGUCUUGUACAUGACGGAUUUUAAGCUGCUGUUCACCAUGUUUCACAUCGUGGCGAUGUGCUCCACGUGCGUCAAUCCCAUCCUGUACGGCUGGAUGAACAACAACUACAGGAGGGCCUUCCUGUCCGUGUGCAAGUGCCAACAGCCUGUGAGGAUCAGGCGCACCAACAGGAGAACCUCGGCCAACGAAGUUAGAGUGCUGGCCGACUGGAAAUCCUCCAAUCUCUAG